AUGGAUAUGAUGAUAGUCGGCGACGGAGGGCCACGGAAAAAACGGGACCGAACCAGCUACCUUGCGUUUCGGCACCAGUUCCGGCACUCGCCCGAUCAGGGCCCAGAGGAACGGUUGUAUGGGGGUGCUUGGACGCUUUACUGGGAUUCGAUACUGGGUACCCCUGACCUAGCGUGGAAACGAAAGCCAAUUUCCCUGAUUGCGAUCUCAGUACGGGUGCUCCAGGCUCAGCUUUCUUCUUCGGCGGUCGACAUCACUCCCAAAUUGCACGAUAACAGUUGCCGCCAGGGCUAUGGCCACCUUGAGCCAGGGUUGUUCUGGGUUCACCAACGGCGAAAGCGCGGAUGCUAUCCGGUCACGCUUUGUUUGGAGGAGAGCAGUAAGGCAAGAUGGAAACAGUUCCACGCCGCUGCAACAACCUGCCCAGCACGGCACACCUCUGCGCAGCGCGAGAUCGCAGACAAUGGCAAACUCUGUUUCCGGAAAUGGAUUGAGGGAAGAGGUAUUCCGGCUUCCGGUCCCAAGAGCCCCGGCAGUGGGCAUGACACAGCUGGUACAAUUGCUCUGGUGUAUUCAGGGUUAGCCAAUACUUCCUCAUUGAAUACGGGUAGUUCACGACGCCACGAGAAGAUCAAUGCACCCGUGUCCCAAGUAGAGACACCAGGCAGAUGUUGCCCUCACCUAUUCCGUGGGACCAGCCGUCAUCAACCCACUAUAUUUGUACACUACGGAGACUCAUGUCCUGCAAACUGGGGUAGACCUCGGUUCUGGGCUCAGCAGUGGAAAGCUGCGGCGCUGACGGGGGAAAGGGGGCAAGAAGAAGAGGACGAGGGACUCUGCUCUAUGCCUCGAGCCCUAGCCUGUAAUUCUCGCCAACGGACGCCCUCAUUUUCCGCGUCUCUCAAACUUUGCGUUGACCUUCAGCCCCUUGACCUUGUCAGAUGGACCAUCAAUAAUGGGAGUGGCAAGUUGGCAAGCAGCACACUCCUGACUAUCACCUACCCGCUCCUGCAAGAUGCCGAGCAGACCAAGACCCCUAUGAAGCAUUGGGAAAGAAAAGCAAUUGAAGUGAUGAACUGCGGCAGUCACCCAGAGCGACAAUUAAACAGCCUCGUCUUGCUGCAACAGCCUCAGCGAGGAUUCUGCGAGCAGGGUCAGAGAAAUGACGGCCAACGACCAGGGUUCCUUAACCCUUGUCAAAGAAGAAAAAAAGACUUUUUCCAUUCAUCACAACCCCGGUUGCUUCAUUUGUCGGCUCGUGUUUACAACUUCACCGACACAACGGAUGCCUCUGGAGACGGGCCAACACUGCGGCCUGGUCUAUGGAUAUUCGUAGUGUAUGUACAUACCUACCCAGCCCAUGCUGGCCCAGUCCGUUGGUUCGUCUCCAUCGCCCACUUGUCGCUGUUAAUCAAGGAUAGUAAAGUGCACUACAACAAGCACGUGAGUCCGCCGAUCCUACCAGUCUAUUCUCCGGGUGCCGACGUGUCGGUCGAGUGGGCAAAUCCAGGAUGCGGAAACGCCUGCCGAGACGCAACACAACCCUCUUUGCUGCGGAGUAAGAUGCAUCGUCAAGUGACCAGGCGUGCGCAAGUUGGGCUUGCAUUGCACCGCCUGAGUCGGUUCGUUUGGGUGUCCGUUCGCCUUACAACCUCUACACCGUUGAAGAGGGGGUCCCUAAAUCAACCGCUCGCGCGCAACAAAGGUGACCUCGAGCCGUACACUGGGCGCUUGAGCAAGCAAGCUGCAGCAGUCUUGAGGGUCGCCCUCUUCAGACGUCACGGCACAUACCCCAUCGACGCUACCUUGGUUUACAGUCACAGGCGGAAUCACGUCUCGGCCGAUAGAGCUGUGCGACCUUUGAGAGGCGCCUCUCCACAAUCGCAUACGGCCGCUGCAAGCACCAGUACUAGAUCCGGCAGAGAGGCUCCGAGUCAGUGUGCGGCGGCAGCGGCAGCGGGAAACCGUAACGGCAACGGCUUCUUUCCCUUCGAACAGCCCAAGGCCGACGACGCUGGCGCAACAGGUGUCGAUAUCCGCCGGGAGGGACACUCCGCGGCCCUGGUCCUGCUUUCUUUCAUUCACCGCCUCACAAAAGCGGACGACGAGGUGGUUCUAUCAGCCCGGCCUUGUUACUCAGAUCCUCGGCGCUCUGAUGCAGGCUCUCUGGGGCGUGAUAAGCUCCGCGUGCGACAGGAAGCAUACCCGCGUCCCACCUCAGUUUGCCCAACAAUAGGGAGUCAGGGAAAGCUCCAGAGGAAUAUUCAGGAUGAUCCGUAA